CCAGAGCCGGUCCAGGGAUGAUCACGGCGGAAAGGUUCCCUCCCCACGAGAGAGGGUAAGAGGUGGUCUUAUAAGGAACAAUACGCAGUAUACUUAUGGGCCACUGCCGUCUUCUACUCUGCGAUAUUCUUGCAGCCACGCCAGCGAACCGACAAAGACCAAGGGUUACAUACAAGGCCGCGCUAAGAUGGCCAUCGCGAAGCUGCUGUUUGCUGUGCAAGAGAGCCUUUUCCAAUCCCCCCUACGGGCGUUGCCUGUUGUCUUGUUUGUUGUUCCUUUGCUUUACGUCAUUGCGAAUGAGUUCAACCGCUCCUCUGCCAGGGUCCCAGGAGUCGGAGGGCCUCGUGGGAUGCCGUUGAUUGGAAACCUCGCCCAGAUCCGCCAAAAUGCAGCAGAACAAUACCGUUUAUGGUCGAAAACGUAUGGCGCGGUCUAUCAGAUCCAACUCGGCAACGUUCCGGUCAUCGUCGUAAACUCUGCGGCGGCCGCCAAGGUUCUGUUUGGACAGAAUGCCCAGGCCCUCAGUUCGAGGCCAGAAUUCUACACGUUCCACAAAAUUGUCUCUAAUACGGCCGGCACUACGAUCGGUACGUCUCCUUACAGCGAGUCGUUAAAAAGACGCAGGAAAGGUGCUGCAUCGGCUCUGAAUCGGCCUUCCGUGGAAUCUUAUGUCUCACACUUGGAUGUUGAGUCUAAAGCAUUCGUGAUGGAGCUUUUUAAAUAUGGGCAUGCGGGGAAGACGCCAGUCGAUCCAUUGGCUAUGAUUCAACGACUCAGCCUAAGUCUGGCUUUGACCUUAAACUGGGGAGUACGUGUUGCAUCCCAAGAGGAGGACCUCUUCGAUGAGAUCACCCAUGUCGAAGAAGAAAUCAGCAAGUUCCGAAGUACCACGGGUAAUCUGCAGGACUAUGUCCCACUUUUGCGUUUGAACCCAUUCAGCAACAACUCGCACAAGGCAAAGGAGAUGAGAGAUCGCCGUGACAGAUACCUCAACGGGCUGAAUCGCGAUCUGGACCGCCGAAUAGAGGAAGGGGUUCAUAAACCUUGCAUCCAAGCCAAUGUUAUCCUUGACAAAGAAGCCAAGUUGAAUCCAGACGAGCUCACCUCGAUCAGCUUGACCAUGCUUUCGGGGGGGCUUGAUACAGUUACCACCCUCGUAGCCUGGAGUAUUGGUCUCCUUGCCAAACGACCAGAUAUCCAAGACAAGGCAGCAGCAGCUAUUCAAGAGGUUUACGGCCAAGAUCAACCGAUGUGUGACGCGACUGAUGACCAGAGAUGUACUUUUGUUGUCGCCUUGGUGAAAGAAUGCCUUAGAUACUUCACAGUUCUUCGUCUCGCUCUCCCGCGCACUUCGAUUCGAGACAUUACUUAUGAUGGCAAUGUGAUCCCCAAGGGAACUGUGUUUUUCCUGAACUCCUGGGCUUGCAACAUGGACCCGCAGGUCUGGAGUGACCCGGAGGAAUUCCGACCGGAACGGUGGAUAGAGCAGCCGGAAGCACCAAUGUUCACCUACGGGAUGGGAUACCGCAUGUGUGCAGGCUCACUACUUGCAAACCGUGAAUUGUAUCUGGUCUUCAUACGAACCCUCAACAGUUUUCGAAUAGAGCCGUAUGAUGACAUUGACUGGCAUCCGGUCAAGGGGAAUUCGGAUCCAACCAGCUUAGUGGCAAUUCCCAAGCGGUACAGGGUCAGAUUUGUUCCUAAGGACGAGAGAGCACUUGCUCAGGCUUUGGCCUGAAGGAUGUAUUCGUUCCUUCACAUGUUUUGUCUCAGCCAUGGAUGGUCUAUCCAUUCAAAUUGCUAUUACUUCCACUGGUUCUCAGAAUGUGCCAACGCGAUGGCAAUCCAUGCCACUGGCGUAAUCAGUGCAAGCCAAGAAUCAAGAUGUGUCCUCUGAUUGUGAGAUGGUCUUAC